AUGGAUGCCGUUCGAGCACAAUUCGUCAACGCGGUUCGCAAAAUUAACAUUGAUGCCAUCCAGAAUCAGACGGUUCACAUGUCUUGCGAGGUUACUGGAGACCCACCGCCGAAAGUCACUUGGUUCAAGCGCGAUGUCGAGCUCUUCCCAAUGGGUUCCUUCUUGCAACCUGGAGCAUCCGCGGGCGCAUUCUCAAGUCGUUUUCCCCACAUAAUGCCCCUGCAGGGUGAACAGAUCUUGCAGCUGACUAACGUUCAGAGGGAAGACGCCGGAGACUAUACCUGCAUGGCGACCAACGGUGGCGAUGCCAUUGAAAAGAAGUUUAAUCUCUCAGUAAUCCUUCCUCCGGUUAUACUGAAGCCUGAGGGCACUCCCGAAGCUCACAUGACGCGCGAGCAUGUGCCCGUUACAUUCUAUUGUCUGAUUCGCGACUACAACAGCACCAAGCCGGAUAUAGUGUGGACAAAGGACGGCUCACCAAUUCUCGUCUCAGAGGAAAGUGACUAUUUUGUUGUGCAGGAUGAGGGUCAAUCGUUGACAGUGAUCCGUCCCACCUCCAGUGAAAGUGGCAUGUUCCGUUGUGAGGUGCGCAAUAAGGCAGGCACCGACAGUCAUCAAUUCAGACUGACAGUCAUUGCUCGUCCGAGGUUCCCUACGGACUUCAUUCGAUAUCGACAGAAGCUUGUGCAGCAAAUGGGCACUCAAGUGCGGCUGGAAUGCCCUGCCACCGGGUCUCCGCCGCCAGUUAUCACCUGGUAUUACAAUGGCUCCCCAGUUCUGCCCUACACAGCACCCUCUCACUACACCUUCGACGCAGACAACAAACUGCUCUACUUUAUCACCGGUCAAAAGGAUGCCGGCGAGUACCGAUGCGUUGCACACAGCGAGGCAGGCAAUAUUUCUAAGACCUACGAGCUGGAAGUUAUCAGUAAGUUCUCCUACUGA